GCGCAACUCUGAGUCAGUCUUAGCGCGUGCUUCAGUCGGUGCAUACGAUACUAUACUGCCUCCGAAACGUUCGGGUCGAUGACUCGUUGCGAGUUUUCAUUGACAAGAAAAAUUAUUGAUGAGUGCUUAUGUUGAGAUUUAACAAUUACAAGCGAGUUGAAAAUAGAACAAGAUGAGAGCGUGUGUUUUCAUCCUGCUGUUUACAUUGUUGCCAGUCGUGAUAUCGAAGGCUGGGAGAUAUUCGCGGCUGCAGAGUGAACCGUUGUCUAAGACAAGAUGUGAUUUGCUUUGCAUUGAUGCCAGCAAGGAAACAAAAACUAAGUGUCGAACGGAAUGCCGUGCCAAGGAAGUAAAACCAGGAACAUGUCCCAUGACGGAGAAUCCAAGAUGGGCAGCGGCUUGCGUGGAGGCUUGUAACAAGGACUCCCAGUGUGAUGGGACCCAGCGCUGCUGCAAGCUUGGUUGCAGCUCUGCUUGCAAGGAACCUGUGGAUCUUUUAAACAUACCGGGCCUCCCUGCAAUGCCGAUAUUGGAGGAAGCAAAAGAAAGACGUCGUUCAAUUCUUAUCAAAUGGUCCGGAGGAGUUGGUGACUCAGCCAGAGCUGUUCCAGGCAGGGUACUUUAUCUCCUCGAAGAGCAACAUCACCUAGGUCCUAAAUACGAAGAAGCAAGGCUUGGAGAUUGGACAUUGAUCACAAGAACCAACAAAACUAAAGUAUCCCUUAAGAACCUGCUGAAGCCAGGUCGCUGGUAUAGGUUUAGAGUAGCAGCAGUCAGCGCUGCUGGCACCAGGGGAUACUCUGCUCCAAGUCCACCGUUUACUCCAAGGAAGGGCCCGAGACCUCCUCCACCACCCAAGAAACUCAAAGUGACCCCAGUUCGAGCACAAAAUGGUACUGUGACGGUGAGGCUAGAAUGGAGAGAGCCGCGGUCUGACCUUCCAGUGAUGAAGUACAAAGUGUUCUGGAGUCGUAGAGUACGCGGCUUGGGUGGAGAGUUAGAUUCUGUCUUAGUCAACCACCAAACAGUACCAAAGGAUCAAACAUCUUUUGAAAUAAAAGAUUUACAACCGAACUCAAUGUAUUUCCUUCAAGUUCAAACUAUAAGCUUGUUUGGACUCGGGAAACUGCGAAGUGAAAAGGCAGCCAUUUUUUACAAUACAACGGCCAUUAACGAAGAGAGACCCCCAGAAUCACUACAGAAAAAGAAGGAAGAAAAAAGAAUUAAGGCAGUUAGACUAAAUCGAUUUCUGUGGGAAGAUCAUAAAAUCAAAGCAAAGAUAGCAUGGCUAUCAACAGCUACGAAGGACAAGCAACCGAAGAGGUUUUACAUUCAUUGGACCACAGUGAAAUGCCAUCAACCAAUAAAAGAUGUAAAGAGUCUGUCCGCUAUCACCGAGCAAACUUCGUUCGAGAUAUACGAACUAGACUACCAUUGCAGUUACAAAGUGAAUGUCAACACGUCAGGUGACACCCUGAACCCGGAUUCUGAAUAUAUCCUCACUGUCCCGCCAUGCGAGUAUUUCCAACGGAAAAUCAAUGCAUCGAUAAACUGUAAAACUUAAGUCUUAAAUACACGAUCGGAUUUGGUACGGCCAAAACAUCAGACGUGGCCCGUUACCUGGCGAUGGUUCGGCCGAACCAAAUCCGACCAUUUGUUUAGGCUACUCUACUCCAUAGUGUAUCAAUUAGGUAUAAUUUAUUUAUUUCUUAUUUGUUUUAUGAACUAUAAUACUCAUUUUAUACUACGAUUACUUAAAUGAUAUUUUUAAGAUCUCUGAAUAAUUUUAUUAAACUUUAUUCGCAAAUA